CCUCCGCCGGCCUCCUUUUCCUCCUCUUUCUCCUCCGCUCUGGGCUCGGCAGGCUGGGCCUGGCUGCGGCGAGGGGCGCGCGAGCAGCAGCAGCAGCAGCUGGGCUGAACGGAGGGAGGAAGGCGAGGCGAAAGAAGGGAGGAAGGAAGGAAGGAGGGGAGGAAGGAAGGGGGGCCGCUGAGGAGGGCGCGGCGGCGGCGGAGGCAGCAGGAGGAGGAGGAGACGUCGGCCGCAGCGGCUCGGAAGGCGGCUCGCUGGCGGGCGGGCGAGGAGGGCCGAAGCCUGGCGGAACCGCCGGGGGGUUGCCUGCGGGCUGGCCGGCUCCACAAGGCCAAGGCGGCCCGGCAGUGGCGGCGGCUGCCCCUCCUCGCCCGGGCCGGCCUCGUCUCCGGCGGGUAGGAUGCGCCCGCUCGUCCCCCGGCACCGGCAGGCAGCUCCCGGCCCGGCCCGCGGCUGAGGCGCCCCCAACGGCGGCGAGUAUGGCCUCACAGCUGCAGGUGUUCUCUCCUCCAUCAGUGUCUUCGAGUGCCUUCUGCAGUGCCAAGAAAUUGAAAGUGGAGCCCUCCAGCUGGGAUGUUUCAGGACAAAGUAACAGUGACGAGUAUUACGGUCACAGUAAAAAUCUCCCAGCUGCUCAGGGGCCGGCAAGUUCCUCUCACCAGGUAGCAAACUUCAGCAUCCCUGCCUAUGACCAGAGCCUCCUUCUCCCUGCUCCUUCCGUUGAGCAUAUUGUGGUUACAGCAGCGGACAGCACAGGCAGCGGUGGAACAACAUCCUUCCAAAACAGCCAAGCCCUAACACACAGGGCUAAUAUUGCUUUGCUGGAGCCAUAUCAAAAAUGUGGAUUAAAAAGGAAAAGUGAGGAGGUUGAUAGCAACGGUAGCGUGCAAAUAAUUGAGGAACAUCCACCUCUCAUGCUGCAAAACAGACCUGCGGUGGGUGCUGCGGCCACUACCACCACUGUGACAACCAAAGCCAGUAGUUCUAGUGGCGAGGGAGAUUACCAGCUGGUCCAACAUGAAAUCCUUUGUUCCAUGACAAAUAGCUAUGAAGUCCUGGAGUUCUUGGGCCGAGGGACUUUUGGGCAAGUGGCAAAAUGUUGGAAGCGCAGCACAAAGGAGAUCGUAGCUAUCAAAAUCCUGAAAAAUCACCCUUCAUAUGCCAGACAAGGGCAGAUUGAAGUGAGCAUCCUCUCUCGGCUGAGCAGCGAGAAUGCUGAUGAGUAUAACUUUGUCCGCUCUUACGAGUGCUUUCAACACAAAAAUCACACAUGCUUGGUGUUUGAGAUGCUGGAGCAAAACUUGUAUGAUUUCUUAAAACAAAAUAAAUUUAGCCCCCUGCCCCUGAAAUACAUUCGGCCGAUUUUGCAACAGGUGGCCACCGCCUUGAUGAAACUCAAAAGCCUGGGUCUAAUUCAUGCUGAUCUGAAGCCUGAAAAUAUCAUGCUCGUUGAUCCAGUGCGUCAGCCAUACAGAGUGAAAGUAAUCGAUUUUGGUUCUGCAAGUCAUGUGUCGAAAGCUGUAUGUUCCACUUACUUACAAUCACGGUAUUACAGAGCUCCUGAAAUCAUUCUAGGUUUACCAUUUUGUGAAGCUAUUGAUAUGUGGUCACUGGGCUGUGUGAUUGCUGAGCUAUUUCUUGGUUGGCCUUUAUAUCCAGGAGCUUCAGAAUAUGAUCAGAUUCGUUACAUUUCACAAACUCAAGGACUUCCAGCAGAGUAUCUUCUGAGUGCAGGAACGAAAACAAGCAGGUUUUUUAACAGAGAUCCAAACUUGGGAUACCCACUGUGGAGACUAAAGACUCCAGAGGAACAUGAGUUGGAGACAGGAAUUAAAUCAAAGGAGGCUCGGAAGUACAUUUUCAAUUGUUUGGAUGACAUGGCGCAGGUGAAUAUGUCUACCGACUUGGAGGGAACAGAUAUGUUGGCAGAGAAGGCUGACCGAAGAGAAUACAUUGAUUUGUUGAAGAAAAUGUUGACAAUUGAUGCAGAUAAGAGAGUUACUCCACUGAAAACUUUGAACCAUCCUUUUGUGACAAUGAACCAUCUACUGGAUUUCCCACACAGCAACCAUGUGAAAUCCUGCUUUCAGAAUAUGGAGAUUUGCAAGCGAAGAGUUAAUAUGUAUGACACAGUAAAUCAAAUAAAGAGCCCAUUCACAACACAUGUGGCACCAAACACAAGCACAAACCUUACCAUGAGUUUCAACAACCAACUCAAUACUGUGCACCAUCAGGCUAGUGUUUUGGCUUCCAAUUCUACAGCCGCUGCUACUCUGUCACUGGCAAAUUCAGAUGUUUCCCUGUUGAAUUACCAGUCUGCUUUGUACCCAUCGUCUGCUGCACCAGUCGCUGGGGUGGCACAGCAGAGUGUUUCUCUACAGCCUGGAACAACACAGAUCUGCACCCAGACAGAUCCAUUUCAGCAAACCUUCAUUGUGUGUCCUCCUGCCUUCCAAACUGGUCUUCAGGCAACCACAAAACAUUCUGGGUUUCCAGUGAGGAUGGACAAUGCUGUUCCAAUUGUGCCGCAGGCACCAGCAGCCCAGCCAUUACAGAUACAGUCAGGAGUUCUUACACAGGGAAGCUGUACACCACUAAUGGUAGCAACUCUUCAUCCUCAAGUAGCCACCAUCACGCCGCAGUAUGCGGUGCCCUUUACUCUGAACUGCGCAGCCGGCCGGCCAGCGCUAGUAGAACAGACGGCUGCAGUACUGCAGGCUUGGCCUGGAGGGACCCAGCAGAUCUUGUUGCCUUCUACCUGGCAACAGAUUCCAGGUGUUGCCCUGCACAACUCUGUCCAGCCUGCAGCAGUGAUUCCAGAGACAAUUGGAAGUAACCAGCAGUUGACUGACUGGAGGAAUGCCCAUUCACAUGGGAAUCAGUACAGCACGAUCAUGCAGCAGCCAUCUUUGCUGACUAACCACGUGACUCUGGCUACAACCCAGCCUUUGAAUGUUGGGGUGGCCCAUGUUGUGAGACAGCAGCAAAAUAAUGCCGUGCCAGCAAAGAAGAACAAACAACCAUCCCAUAGUGCCACAAAACCUACUUCUACAUUGGAGGCCAUCCCAUCUCAAGUCUACUCUCUCAUUGGAAGCAGUCCAUUGCGUGCCACAUCUUCCUCCUCUAAUGCUGUCCUUCCAGGGCAGGAGCAGCACCAGCCCAUUGUUAUUCCAGACACUCCCAGCCCCCCAGUCAGUGUAAUCACCAUCCGCAGUGACACUGAUGAAGAGGAGGAUAACAAAUACAAACCUGGAAGUUUGGGCACGAAGCAAAGAUCGAAUGUCAUCAGCUAUGUUACAGUUAAUGACUCCCCUGAUUCAGACUCUUCGGUGAAUAGCCCCUAUGCGUCGAAUGCACUCUCAACACUCAGGAGCACCGGAGGCGCACUGGAGCCAAGCAGAGCAGCAAAUGAAAGUUCCAGCUCCCGUACCAUUAUUGUGCCUCUGAAAACACAGCUCAGUGACUGUAUUGUAGCCACCCAGGCCUCAGGUGUCUUGAGUAGCCUGAACAAGACUAAGCCAGUGGCAUCUGUGAGUGGACAAACAUCAGGGUGCUGUAUCACACCAACAGGAUACCGACAACAUCGGGUAGUUACAAAUGGUGUACAGCCCCUCAAUCUUAGUCAGAAUCAGCAAGCAACUGUCCUGGCCUCUCAGGAGAGAAGUGGGAACCCAGCUCCACGAAGACAGCAGGCCUAUGUUGCCCCUCUUCCAACUACAAUCGCUCAGGCUCCCUACACGUUCCAGCAUAGCAGCCCAGUACAUCCACAUUUGGCAGCAGCUACUGCAAGUCAGCCACACAUGUAUACCUAUGCGCCUACUACUGCUGCCACACUGGGCUCCACCAACUCCAUUGCUCAUCUGUUUUCCCCUCAGGGCUCCUCCAGGCACACAGCAUACACAACCCAUCCCAGCACUCUUGUGCACCAGGUCCCCGUCAGCGUGGGGCCCAGCUUGCUCACCUCCGCCAAUGUAGCACCGGCUCAGUAUCAGCAUCAAUUUGCGACCCAGUCCUACAUUGGUGCUUCCAGAGGAUCGGCUAUUUACACUGGAUACCCACUGAGCCCUACAAAGAUCAAUCAGUACUCUUACUUGUAGUCCUUGGAGCUGAGGUUGACAAUAAUCAUUCACAACUUGAUCAUAUGAGUGAAGAGAUCUACAGUUUGGUUUUGCAGUAUUUGGACAGUUUCACAACAGGGACUUCUGCAAAAUCAAAGGAUGAUGAAGGGGGACCAUCUCCCUUUUUUGACAGCUUUUUAAAUGCGCUCCAGAGUUUGGUUGUACUGUUAGUGGAGCCCUGCUGAUUUGGGAAGGGGAAGCUCAGGUUAUCGCUGAGCAAAACCUUUUGGAUCACACUCACAUUAAGCUUUUACAGUUGAUUUUAACAGAUGCUUUAAAAACAGCAAAGUUCUGCACCCAUUUAUUUAAAGCUCUUGUUUUCAUGUUGAUCAGAGAGGAAAAGGAAAUCAAGGACUUAAAAAUGCUGUUUUAAAAAAACUCUUAUACUUACCUAGUACUUGUCUAAAUUAUUUUAGCAGCUUGCACAAAUCCAUAUUUGCCACUAAAAUGCACAUUUAACUCUAGGUUGCUAGGGCAGAUUUAUAAACUUGAGUUAGUGUUUUAAAGUUAAUUUUAUAAUUUACAUUCUGGAUAGGCAAUAGCUGAAUUCUGCAAAAGCAGUUAAUUCUCCUUCUACCCCAAUAUAUGUGUGCGUAUGUAUGUUUACGUUUGAGUGUGUGUGUAUAUAUAUAUAUAUAUAUAUAUUGCUUCCCAGUUUCUUGUUUUUAAUUCUUUCCAUUUAAUGCUAGUGUAGCAAAAUCUUUGUUUGCAUUUCUCACUUAAAUCUUUGUUUUUGGCUCUUUGUAAAGACGAGUCUCCAAAAUGAGAUGUUUUUAAUGAUUGUGGAAGCUAUGAAUUUGCUUCUUGAUAUGUGAGAUAACAGUCUGUGAUAUGGUUUGACUGUUUUGGUCAGAAAACGUGUUCUCAGCGAGGAAUGCUUAGGCCUGCAUUGUUAAUUUGAAGGCAGAUGCCACUGAGAACAUCUUCUGAUAAGACCACACUGAAAUGAACAGGAGAUAUGCAUAUGAUCACCUGUCUGUCUCUGUAGACUUGAUCUGGAGCAGAGGUCUCAUACAUAAUAACUUUUCCAGUUUUAACUUUUUUACAAAAAUACAGAAAUGGAUUCCUUUCCUGGAAACACAGGGACCUCUAUCCCAUCAUGUCUUUUACUGCAUGGUCCAUUUAGCUAAGGAAUCCAGAAUUCACCAAAACAGCAACCUACAGAUAUAUACAUUUUUAUACUCCUGUUAGCAGAUUCUCUCUGGUAUCUUGCUGGCAAAAAACAAAACAAAAACCUUUAAAGCGCUCUUAUUAAGACUUGUAUAAAGUAAAUGCAUGUAGGAAUUGCAAAAACAUGUCACACAAUUGCUGAUUUUAAAGGUUUAUUACGAAAUUUAAAACUAUUUUAGAAGUUUUGUAAUUGUGGUGUUUUAAUAUUUUACAGAAAAUGAAAUAUGUACAUAGUGAUUAGAACAAAAUACACAAGCAAAAUUUCCUGCAAAUCCCAAAUGUUCUGUCUUUGUAAUCAAAAUGUGUAGUGAUUAUACUUGAACUCUGUACUUAGUGUUUGUCUAAUUCUUAAAUGUCUCUGGAGUUGAAAUUACUCUGUUCCUUUGUAUUUAAACCAAAAUGAGUUGAUACAUGUUGGAAUGUAUGUGAUAUAAUGCAAUCGUCUAGAGCUCAUCACUGUAGCACUGAGAGAGACAAAUUGGAGCCGCAUGAAAGACAAGGAUACCUUCUAAUUUGUUUUGCACAGGUAUGUGUGACUGGUAUGUUCCUUCCACCCCCACCCCAUAUUGUAGUGCCUUAAUGAUUAUGUAGUGUGACUAGAGUUUACAGUGAGCUUGCCUUAUGAUGAACCAGCAAGCCCCUCCACUCUCCGUCGAACUGAAGCAAUUCAUUGAGCAUAUCCAACUGAAGAUAGAAAUAAGUGGCAAAAACAUUGUUGCUUUAAGUUACAAUGCCAACAUACAAUGAGCUGUGGAUAUGAUCCAUCCAAAGCUUGGAUUCUUCUUAAAAUCUCAUUACUUGCAAUUAAAAAGUUAAGAACAUUCUUAKCCGAUCCCACUGAAACAGAUGGCUCAGUUCAAACAUCAGCCCAGUCCAUGGUUCAAAGUAACCAUGUUUUCAGUUUUCAAGUAUAGUUAAACCAUGGUAUCUGCUACCUGUCUGUUUUUGCCCCCCCCCCCCUUUCCCAGUAAUCAGCUGCUUCCUACCUAUAGUUUGUUAAUCACACAACAUGGCAUGCUAUAUAAUUAGCUCAAACCAUUGAUUGCAAGCCUGCAUAAAUCAUGGUUUCUGAUUUCUGGUUUACUGGUUGAUUUUAAACCAUUUUUUUGAAAGUUAAAACAUGCCAUAUUUCUUAAUCUCUUAACAGUGGUUUGGUAAGAUGUCUCAAUUGAGUCUGUGAAACCUAAAAGUACUUCAGUCUAGGUGGAAUGUGUCUAGGUGUUUUGUUUGGAGUAAAGCUUUUUUCCCUUAAAUUUUUACCUACAUUAUUAGCUGUCGAUGCAUCUUUAAUAGGGUAUUGUGCUGGGAAUGCAUUGGGAUGUUUAUCUGAUGUUGCAGAGGUGAUUAAACACGUGCAAUUACUUUCCCUUAGAUUAUAUUGUAACAUUAGCUCCCCCCUGGUCUGUAGCAGAUGUUACUUGUAAAAUAUUACUAGUUAGGUGUUAAGAACUUUUAUACCAAAGAGAGCCUGCUGGAAAGCACAUAAUAUUCUGUUUUAUUUAACACCACUAGUAACAUGGGGCGCUUUGGGGAAGGCUUGAGAGCUGUAGCACUUGAUAUUGUAAAUGCACAGUUGAACUGGCCUGCUGGUGGGUGCGCUUUUUAAAUGCUUGUUUUCCUGCAUUCUGUCACACACUUGCUGUCACCACUGUCAUUAUGCAGACAGUGAUCUUGGCCAAAUGGAGAAUAAACUGGCUUGGAGAGUGGUAUUGCUACAGCAAUAAAAGGCUUUAACUGCCUUGAAAACCAAGUUUGUAUUCUGUCCAGUCUAAAUCAUAAGAUUAAUUUUGGUACUUUGCAGAAAAUUCAAAAAUGCCAAACGGAAACGUGCAUGAUAGGAUGCUAUAGUCUGCUUAACCCCAAUAUGAACAGCUUGUCAGAUGGUUUAGGGCAAUAAUACUAACCUCGCUGAAGUCAGGCAAGGGGCUUUACUAAUAAUUCCAGCGAAGUCAACUGAUGAUAAAGCCACAUCUCAAAUAGGACAAAGUAAUUUGUGAACCACAAGCCUUACAGGUUCCUUUAUGAGGCAUCUGUUGUCUUUGGCAAUAGAGGAAGCUGGUGAGUUCACAUCACGACUAGCGGUGGGACCUUUGUUUAUUGUGUUUUUGCUCUGUUUUAAUCUUAUCCUUUGUAUUGAUGAGAAGAUAACCAAGGAAUUUCAGUUCUUUAUAUCAAUGGUGUCAACAAUGCUUUCUGUUAUCAAAAUGCUUUUCUGCUUAGUGCCAAGCCCUUUAGAAAAUUCCUCUUUGUCCCAGUCCGCAUCACAGAAAUCCUAGAAGUUUCACAACUAAUGGGGAAUUUCCAGUAUAGCUAAACUUUUCAAUUUGUUGAAAGAAAAAUGCAAAGUAAGAUCUAAACAUUCUGGGUUAAUUUGUUCCUAUUCACAUUUAGCUCUUCAAAGCCAAUUUACUCCUCCUGAGUCACGUAUCCCUCAAUAGCUUAGGGAGUGUUUUUCCCAGAUGCAAAAUUCUAUCAAAUGUAAUUGGAAUUAAUCAGUGUUAUGUGAUAUGAACAGUUUCCAAAAGGAAUUUCCCUAAAGGUCUAGACCUUUUCAAGGAUUUUCUUCAGAGAUUACUCUGUAGUCAAGCAUUUGCCAAUGGUUUUACCCUAUUGAAGUCCAAUUCUCACAGAGAGUGAAUAAAGUGGCAAACGUGUAUCCAGAUAAGGUGGGGUUUUCAGCAUGGAACUUUCUGCCAUCCCAAAAGCAAAUCCCUUUGCAUAAAGGGAAGUCAGAAUCUUGUCAGGCUAAUUCUGUUCCCCAAACUUUGUUUUCUGUAUACAGUAAUUACUGGUUUUUGUAUGGCAGUAUGUUGUCAUGUCAGUUUCUGGUUUCAUGGCGUAGCAAUGCCAAUUUGCCACAUUAUACAUUCUUUUUGAGAAUAAAGCUUUAGGUGCAUCCUGUUUUCCCAGUGCAUAUCCAGCUUGCCUCACUGUGGAUAGAGAGACGUAAUAUGAUAGGUAGCUUCUCAGCUGUGCAGCCUCUUUAUAAGUGGCCAUACUUUUUAUGCACAUAAAAAGAUGGGUUUUCUGAAGCAAUCUGGAAUCCCUGUGUCAUUCUUGGCUGCACUUUCGCAUGCGACUCAAUGUCUGCGUGAAUCCCAAUGAAAUCUGGGGCUUGCAUAUGUACAGCUGUGCUCAAUUCUGCAACCCAGAUUUGCAGUAAACUUGCCUUUUUAUGAUGAGAUGUUUCACCUAGUCACCUUGGUGAUUAGUUAAGCCAGUUACUUAAUGUUGUUCUUGAUUUGAGAGCUCACUUCACAGCUGUUGAUAUUCCACUGCAAAAACAACUUCAGAGCUUUACUGCUUGCACAGAAGUGACCAGUGAAGCACUAUACCUCUGACUCAAUUAAAGCAAAACAAAACAAUUGCUUCUAAGUGACUGGGAUUGGCACAGCCCUGCUUUUUUCUCAUUUUAAUUUUUAACUUAUGAAUGGUGCCGCAUGUUGACAUAGUUGUUUGUUUGUUGCUAAACUUUAUAUAAUGUGUGAUUUCAGAUUCAGCUUGAACUAUUAUCUAACUCACUACAUGUAGCAGUGCAUUAUAUGUAAUGUUAGUAUUUCUGCUUGAAUCCUUGAUAUUGCAAUGGAAUUCCUACUUUAUUAAAUGUAUUUGAUAUGCUAGUUUACUGUGUAGAAUUUAACUUUUUUCUGGUUGUGCUCUUCCUUUUUACAAGCCGCUAGAUAAAGGUAGUUUCUGACAAUUACUGAUCUAUGUUUGUAUUGCCAAUGUACUUAGGGGGUAAUGUAAAAAUCAUUUUAACAAAAGGAAAUACAGAUAUUUAAAAAAAUUUAAUACUAACUAUAUGGGAAAAGGGUCCAUUGUGAAAACAUAGUUUAUCUUUGGAUUCAAUGUUUGUCUUUGGUUUUACAAAGUAGCUUGUAUUUUAAGUAUUUUCUACAUAAUAUGGUAAAAAUGUAGAACAAUUGCAAUGCAUCAAUAAAAAGGGUUAAUUUUCUGUACUCUA